GGGGCCUUCUUCUGCACCUCAUAUUCACAUACGCUCCUGUGUUCAAUCCUUAUCUUCUACCUUCCUUCCUUUCUUCCAUCUCUGAGCUUCACUGAUUCUUUCGUCUUUGGUAAUGGCAGGGGACCAUGCAGAGGGGAGAAACUCCAGUACCCAGCUUUUGGAAGAGCUCGAGGCUCUCAGUCAGUCUCUUUACCAAGCUCACACGUCUAACACUCGCCGGACUGCUUCCCUUGUCCUUCCUCGGACCUCUGUUCCGUUAGUCUCGUCUUCCAAUGACGAGGGUCUGCCGAAAGGCGAGGAGAGAUCGAGUUCCAGGCUGCGCCGCCGGAUGUCUCUGUCGCCAUGGCGGUCUCGGCCAAAGCUUGAUGAAGAAACGGAAAAAAGGGAUCGAGAAAAGACUUCUGCUUCGCAGGCGAAACUGUUGGACGGAGAAGGUACGGGGGAGAAAAAGGGGAUUUGGAAUUGGAAACCCAUCCGGGCUCUUUCCCAUAUUGGAAUGCAGAAAUUGAGCUGUUUGUUCUCAGUCGAAAUAGUGGCUGCUCAGGGACUACCGGCGUCCAUGAACGGCCUCCGGUUGUCUGUUUGUGUGAGAAAGAAAGAAACCAAGGACGGUGCUGUUCAUACCAUGCCGGCGAGAGUGUCACAGGGAGCUGCUGAUUUUGAAGAGACCCUGUUCGUGAAGUGCCACGUAUACUGCAACCCCGGUAGCGGAAAGCAGCAGCUCAAAUUCCAGCCCCGGCCGUUUUGGAUUUAUCUGUUUGCAGUGGAUGCGGAAGAACUUGAUUUCGGACGAAAUUCUGUGGAUUUAACCCACCUGAUUCAUGAGUCCAUGGAGAAGAGCUUUGAAGGAACUCGGAUUCGUCAAUGGGAUGUAAGUUUCAAUCUUUACGGAAAGGCAAAAGGGGGAGAACUUGUUUUGAAAUUGGGGUUUCAGAUCAUGGAAAAAGAUGGGGGUAUUGGAAUAUUUAAUCAGACAAAUGAUAGUAAAUCGAAAUUUCUGCCAUCCAGUUUAGGACGCAAGCAAUCGAAAACAUCCUUCAGUGUCCCCAGUCCGAGGAUGACUGGUCGAAAUGAAGCCUCCUGGACUCCUUCACGGGCAGGAAGAGCUGCUGAUCUUCAAGGAAUGGAUGAUUUGAAUCUCGAUGAACCAGCUCCUGCUCCUCAACCCUCUGUGUCUGUAAAAGAAAAAGAAAAGAUGGAUGAUCUUGAUCUCCCUGACUUUGAGGUUGUAGAUAAGGGAGUUGAGAUACAAGAGAAAGAGGCUGGCGAAAGAGAAUCCGAAGGAAGUCUUGCAUCAGGUGAAGUUGUUAAGGAAGUGCUGCAUGAUGAAAUACAUUUGAUGAGAUUAUCGGAGCUGGAUUCAAUAGCUCGGCAGAUUAAAGCUCUUGAGUCGAUGAUUGGAGAGGAGAAAAUAGUGAAUGCAGACGAAGAAAUGGAAUCACAAAGACUUGAUGCAGACGAAGAAACUGUAACGAGGGAGUUUCUUCAGUUGCUUGAGGAUGAAGAUGGUAAGGAAUCACUCGAACUCAACCAACCUGAUAUUCCACCUCUUCAGCUUGAUGAGGCAAAGGAUUCUACAGAAGCUGACUCGAAAGUGUACCUCCCAGACCUUGGAAAGGGCUUAGUCUGUGUGGUUCAGACUCGAGAUGGAGGCUACUUAGCUGCCAUGAAUCCUUUGGAUACUGCAGUUUUGAGAAAAGACACACCAAAGCUAGCAAUGCAGAUAUCAAAACCAUUUGUUCUGCCAUCUGAUAAACAAACAAGCGGGUUUGAAUUGUUUCAGAGGAUGGCAGGUGAUGGGCUUGAGGAACUCAGCUCUCGGAUUUUAUCUCUAAUGCCCAUGGAUGAGCUCAUGGGAAAAACUGCAGAACAGAUGGCUUUUGAAGGUGUUGCUUCUGCAAUCAUCCAAGGGAGAAAUAAGGAAGGUGCUAGCUCUAGUGCAGCUCGUACAAUUGCUGCUGUCAAAACCAUGGUGGCUGCAAUCAGUACAGGCAGGAAAGAGAGGAUUUUAACAGGAAUUUGGAAUGUGAAUGAAAAUCCAUUGACAGCAGAGGAGGUUCUGGCAUUCUCAUUGCAGAAGAUUGAGGCAAUGUCAGUUGAAGCAUUGAAAAUUCAGGCAGAAAUGGCUGAGGAAGAAGCUCCAUUCGAUGUUUCUUCAGUGACAGGCAGUGGAAAACAUAAGGAUCACCCCCUAUCAUCUUCUGUCCCACUUGAAAAUUGGGUUAAAAAUUAUGGCUUGAAUUCUUCUGAGACCGAGCUAGGAGACCCUGCAACACUUACACUGGCAGUGGUUAUCCAGCUGCGAGAUCCACUGAGGCGAUAUGAGGCAGUUGGAGGGCCAAUGAUAGCACUCAUUCACGCAGCAGCACAAGAUGACAUGAAAGCAAACAAGUAUGAAGAGGAGAAAAGAUUCAAAAUUACAAGUCUGCAUGUUGGAGGAUUGAAGGUAAGGACAGCAGGAAAAAGGAAUAUGUGGGACAGUGAGAAGCAGAGGCUGACUGCCAUGCAGUGGCUAGUAGCAUAUGGAUUGGGAAAGGCUGGGAAGAGAGGAAAACAAGUGCUAUCAAAGGGGCAAGAUCUGUUGUGGAGCAUAUCCUCAAGGGUAACGGCCGACAUGUGGCUGAAAUCAAUAAGAAAUCCAGAUGUCAAGUUUGCAAAGUAAAAAAGAGACCUACAGUUGGAGAUGAUGAUUUCAAACUUGCAUUUUAUCUGCAACCAUUUUUGUGUACAAACAUGAAAGAAUUGCAAGAAGCAGAAUAUGCAAGGAUGAUGAGAACUUACUUGUUAUUCAUAUACAAUAUUUACCUAAUAAAUGUUUUUAAGAAUGAGAUUUGAUGCAGUUGUAAGUAGUAUUUGCGUCAAUAUGUCAAAAAAAAAAAAAAAUCGGUUUCAAUAACAUCUGUCUUCCCAA